GACACGCGCGGGGAUGUCUUCGAUUUCGGCAGUGAAGGGAUCCUCGUAUAAAAGCACCUCGAGACGUGAAUAUUCCACGAUUUGCGUUUUUGCUUCCUGACACGAGCAUUUCUAAAAGAGCCUAGCCGAAAUGGCGUCGCGAUUUCUGGCCGUUUUCGUCGUGUGCGCGGUUCUGUUCGAGUCGUGUCCCGCGAAACCAACGCAAUUAAGAGGAGACCCAUCGAAGGACACCGACCCCCUUCGUGAGCUGUGGAUCUUAUCCGCGGAAACUGAUAACUUACAAAACGCCAAGAGAGUGCAACGAUCGCCACAACUUGGAUUUCCUAAUGAGGGUUAUGGACUCGUGUCAGAACGCGAGCGUCGCAGGCACCGGAAACAAUGCGAAUUCGGCUGCGAAGGAGGAUACGUACCAGAGCCAGGAUUCUAUCCCGGGGGUGGAUUGGGAGGAGUUGGCAUAGGUGGAGCCUUGGCUAAUGCAGAAUCUAACGGAUUCAACGCAGGACCGUUCGGAGGACCUGAUUCCCUAGCUGACGCAGAGUCUGGUGGAUUCAACGCAGGACCUUUUGGAGGACCUGGUGCGUUGGCUAACGCGGAAUCAGGUGGAUUGAUAGGAAGUCCCUUCGGAGGAUCCGGCGGAGGAGCUAGCGCGCAGGCGGGUGGAUUCAACGGUGGACUCUUGGGUGGAUCCGGUGCCGCUGCUUCCGCAGGGGCAGGGGGACCCAACAUUCGGCCACUCGGAGGGGGGGACAGCCAGGCGAACGCGCAGAGCGCUAACUUCAACUUUGGGCCCUUCUCCGCGUCGUUCAGCACUGCCGAAUCCUCGUCCAAUAAUCAACGGUAUUGAGAUUCUAUAGGUACAAGGCGUCGAGUGAUCGACUUUGACCCUAAUUUAUUCUGUCGCUGGCCCGAUCGCCGAUCCGCCGAGCAGUCCGCGGCCAUUGUUUACAAACAUUCUACGUCACUAGGUAUAAGUAAAUAAAGCAGACGGGGUAGAGAGGUAGGCGAGCCCACCGCCACCCUCCGUUCCAACCGAGAUUUCCUGGGAGCGAGUUCCCUUUGUCCGUACGGCAAACCACCAGAUGUUCUCGCAAAUAAAACCGACAAAAUAUGGCGACGGUGCAUCCCGAGAUACGGGGACGAAGGAGGACGGCGUGCGAAGAAAGGAGGAAGACGGACGCAGGACCCGAAGGGCCCGAGGAUUAACAGCACAAAGGGAGGCCAAAGAGAGCUCUCCGAGGGCUCGCAAAAAGCGAACACCUAAAAUUGGGAUCCGAAGAGUGGCGUGCAAUGACCGGGCCGAUCUGCACACGCGAUCUUCGACGCUGGGGCUGCAUCAUCCUCGAGUCUUCGUAUCGAAACUUUCUCCCAGAGAGGAAAGCCUGUUACUCCUGUUGCAAAUAAACCGUUCCCAACGAACAAAAGUGUUAUCGUUUCGAUUCUACCUGGGUGCUUCGACCAGCGACGAGGAGAGUUCUUGGUUAGAUGAAAUUAGGAUAAACGAGUACGAGUUCGGAAAAUUAAGGGAGGAAUAGACGGGGUAAAUGCUUCUUGUAUAAAAGUAUAAAUUAAAGUACUAGAUAUUAGGUUGUCCCGAAAGUUUCUUUCGCGUGUUGCACUCAAUUAUUUUACGUGGUCGUGUUUAUAUAA